AGACCAUAUAACAGUCACUCAGUGAGGCUUCUGACGCUAAAGUUUCUCUACACUUUUAGACGCUAUUUAACUUUUUUUCAAAUAUCAGCAAAAAUGCGUGAAUGUAUAUCAAUCCAUGUCGGCCAAGCUGGUGUUCAAAUCGGCAAUGCAUGCUGGGAAUUGUACUGUCUUGAACACGGUAUCCAACCUGAUGGCCAGAUGCCAAGCGACAAGACCAUUGGUGGCGGUGACGAUUCUUUCAAUACUUUCUUCAGUGAGACUGGAGCUGGGAAACACGUGCCACGUGCGGUGUUUGUUGAUUUGGAAACAACGGUUAUAGAUGAAGUACGUACAGGUACAUACCGUCAAUUAUUUCACCCAGAACAACUGAUCACUGGUAAAGAAGAUGCUGCCAACAACUACGCACGUGGCCACUACACCAUUGGUAAAGAAAUCAUUGACCUGGUGUUGGACAGAGUACGAAAACUAGCUGACCAGUGUACCGGUCUACAAGGAUUUCUCAUCUUCCACAGUUUUGGUGGUGGCACUGGUUCUGGUUUUACUUCGUUGUUGAUGGAGCGUCUGUCUGUCGACUAUGGUAAGAAGUCCAAGCUGGAGUUUGCCAUCUACCCGGCCCCACAGAUCGCCACCGCUGUCGUCGAACCAUAUAACGCUAUUUUGACAACCCAUACCACCCUGGAACACUCCGAUUGUGCUUUCAUGGUCGACAACGAAGCAAUCUACGAUAUUUGUCGUCGAAAUUUAGAUAUCGAACGUCCAACCUACACCAACCUCAACCGUUUGAUUGCUCAAAUCGUCUCCUCCAUCACUGCUUCCCUGCGAUUUGAUGGCGCCCUCAACGUCGACUUGACUGAGUUCCAGACCAAUCUGGUACCCUACCCACGAAUCCACUUCCCUCUGGCUACAUACGCCCCAGUCAUCUCCGCUGAGAAGGCCUAUCACGAGCAGUUGUCCGUGUCUGAGAUCACCAAUGCCUGCUUCGAGCCAGCUAACCAGAUGGUGAAAUGCGACCCACGUCAUGGCAAGUACAUGGCAUGCUGUAUGUUGUACCGUGGUGAUGUUGUACCAAAAGACGUCAACGCAGCCAUCGCUACCAUUAAAACCAAACGUACCAUCCAGUUCGUCGACUGGUGUCCAACCGGUUUCAAAGUUGGUAUCAACUACCAACCACCAACCGUUGUUCCCGGUGGUGACUUGGCUAAAGUACAACGCGCCGUCUGCAUGUUGAGCAACACCACAGCCAUCGCCGAGGCCUGGGCUCGUCUCGACCACAAAUUCGACUUGAUGUACGCCAAGCGUGCUUUCGUCCACUGGUAUGUCGGUGAAGGUAUGGAGGAAGGAGAGUUCUCCGAGGCUCGGGAAGAUCUGGCAGCUUUGGAGAAGGAUUACGAGGAAGUUGGCAUCGACUCGAUGGAAGAGGAAGAGGAAGAGGAGGAGUAUUAGAACCUUAUUAACCAUGUGGGAAUUAGUUUAGAAUUUCUUCUACAAUAUUUUGUAGAAAUGUUGUAACUCUCUGAGACUUUUACAAUAAACACAUGGUCAUAGGUGGGUCGAUCUCGCGAUGACUGAUACUAUAGUAUGUGAUUAUAUCAUUUCUAAUUGAUCAGAUCGCAGAUAACCGUGACUGCGUUCAUUGAGUUUCCAUACUAUGUGUCUAUUUUAGAGGUUACGAAUUUGUUAGAAAGCACAUCAAACACCGUCCUGUCAAGUAGCUUCUUUUUUGUAAAUCGAAAAACUAUGCGAAGUUAUUAAUGACAAUAUCAGUGUAAUGGUUUUGAAUGUACUAGAAAUAAAGUGACUGGUUAAUCAUA